UAUAAUAGCAACUUUGUCAUGUUUGCAAAUGUAAUCACCUGAAGCGUGACUUCCGCUGCUCGGGUCACAGUGCGGAUGUAGUCAAAUAUUUACGGUAAUACAACAAGUGACGUUGUUACGGUAACCUCGCUGUGUAUUCCAGCACGUCCCCAAGUGGCGGAAAUAACGGCGAACUAACAGCACUGCUAACGUUAAAAAGACAUAAAUAUUUCCCAACUUGUGUUUAUUUAAUACAGCAGACGGGUUUGAAGUGUGUUAAUAAAAAUAUUUUUUAUUUUUAAUGCGAUUAAAGACGAGACACCGCCCGUGCGAACAUCACGGUAGUAAAAACGAGCGACCCUUUCCCCCACUGCCAUCCACGGAAGACAUUUACAACACAGAGUACACAACAAGCACACAGUAGUAGCCUCUAGUAUCUCCUCUCUCCAACAAGCUGUACACAUUAAUCCUGAAAAGAAGUGACAUACAGGCUCGUACAGGGGAAUAUAUUUGUUUAGUUUUGGAACAAGGAGCUGAAGUCGUGUGAACAUGGAGAACUGCGGCUUUCAGAGCCAGCUGCUGUCCGUCAUGGAGGUCCUGGCCAAGGCGGCCGUGGCGGAGAUCGACCGGCGUGUGGGUGACAGCUGCGCGGUGCUCCGCCUGGAGGUGAGCCAGAGCCGGCGGGACAUCGACCUGCUGAAGAGGAAGAGCGAGGUGAUGGAGGCAGAGCUGAGGAGGGGCAGGAUGAGAGCCAGGAGGAAAGUGUUUUACCCUCCAGCAGCAGAAAGGUUCUCUCCUCUAGUCAGAGUAGUGCUGAACAAAGAGAGACACAGCACAGGUUGGGAUGCUGAGGCUCCACAUCAACCCCAGCAGUGUGCAGACGUGGAGCCUGCUAAUGAAGCUGAACACAUGCUGAUCAAAGAGGAGUGUGCAGAGGAGGACAUGUGGAAGAACGACUCCGAGGACAAACUGAUCUCUGAAGCCGAGCAGCCGCCAUGCUUCGACGCCUCACAACCCGCCCAGACUGACAACUUUGUGGAGCAUUACCACUCCGCUGAGAACCCAGCCGACCCCGGAUCUCUGGUUUCCCCGACAGACGGCUACAACGCUUUCCCAGAACAGCAGCUGAACAGACACCAAACCGAGGCAGAGCUCGUAGUGAAACACGAGAACGAGGAAGAGCCCGACGAGAAUGCAGCCCCUCUCGAUUCAGACCUCAAGUUUGCGACGGAGGAAGGUGACGGACAGCUGUGGUCGGCCAAUCUGUGCAGAGACGCUGCUGAUCCAAGCUUCUCGUGUGCCGAGCAACAGUUUGAGCCGCUUCCCUCUGUGUUCCCGUCUCAGAGUGGGAUGCAUUUGGAAGACACGGUGCCUCGAAUUCACUCGGUAGGGAAAUCACAUUCAGUCAUGGUGAGCGCGGCGCGAGCGAGAAGACGAGCCAGAACGUUUGGAUGUAAGCGACCACAGCCAGAUGAAGGACACAGUGCGUUAUCUCAGAUCAACACCAUGGGUCAGUGCUCGAUCCCUCAGCAAUCACAGCAUCAGUACAGCGAUUCUCCUCAAGCGAUGAACCCAAACGAGGAUUUGUCGCCGCCAAACCCAGCGGCCUCUUCUUUCUGCGGACACAGCCGCAGCGGCAGCUUCGGCCUAGCGAGGAGGAUGAGGACGCCCUGGAGGUCCGGCGUCGGCGAGAAGAGGUUCAGCUGCACGUACUGCGACAAAAGCUUCAUGAGGUUCAGUCAGCUCAAAGAGCACCUGAGGAGUCACACGGGGGAGAAGCCGUUCAGCUGCCUGCAGUGCGGCAGGAGCUUCACCAAACAGUGUAACCUCAUCAGACACGCGGUGGUCCACAGUGGAGAGAAGCCCUACGAGUGCUCGCUGUGCGGGAAGUGCUUCACCCAGCGUUCCAGCCUCAAGUCGCAUCAGAAGACAGCACACUGAGGUCACAGGGGGUUAUUUUAUACAUCUGACUCAGCGACAUAUUGUUGUUGUUUUUUUAUCUUGGGCUGCACAAUUUUGAAAAAAUAUUUAAUUGCGAUUAUUUUGACUGAUAUUGUAAUAUUGGAGGGAAUGACAAUGUUUACAUCACUAUACCAAUAUUUUAUUGAAAAACAUAUUAAAAUGAUUUGUGAUUUUUGCGGGGAUCUGUACCAAACAAAGAUGUGUAAAAUAUGAUGUGUAGUCCAGAACAUCUCGGCAGCAAACGAUGUUUAAUUUAAAAUUUUGACACAUUUUGCCUCUAAAAAAUAUUGCUCUUCCUGUGAUUUGAAUAUAAUUAUUGAUUAAUUGUGCAGCCCUAUUUUUAUCGUUGUUUUAUUGUUUUUUUUGUUUUGUUUAAAACAGUUUUGUACUAUUAUAAUAUUGAUAUAAUGAAACAGACUAGUCUUGAAUCGUAAUACCAUAAUUGAGCUUAUAGGGCCAUACCAGUGUGGUUGCAAAUUCAACACCAUGUCUUUUUUUCCUAGUAUUUUCCCCACAGCUCUAGGCAGCCACUAGUUUCCAUUGUUUUACAUACAGUUUGAAAAACUGUUUUUUGGACUCUUGAACCUCACAACAAUAAAUAACCGAUGUGUACAGAA